UUCUGAUCUCAACCAUCCCCACCGCCCCAUUCGCCGCCACAAUGGCAGCCGCCGCGGCCGACAGAAGCUCCGACGACUACUUCGCCGUUGCUUGCGGCGUGGCAGGGGAAAGCACGUGCUCCACUCCCUUCGUCAGCGCGCCGUCCAGCCCAGCCCGCGACCCGUCGUUCCACGCCGCCGCCGGUUUCUGUUUCAGCGCGCCGGUGAGCCCCGCGCGAGGCGCCGAUGCCUGUGACUACGACUACGACUUCGACUUCUCCUCGCAGUUCCCUUCGCCCGCCGCUGCCGCAAUGUCAUCCGCCGACGAGCUGUUCCACAACGGCCAGAUCCGCCCAAUGCGGCUCUCCUCCUUCCUCCUCCGCUCGCAGGCGCCCCCGCCUCUCGCGGACCGCCCCACCGGCGGCCGGUUGAUGCCGCUUGAGGCAGCGGCGCCAACGGACGAGCGCGGCCGUCUCCGGAGCCGGUCCGUGCACCGCAAGACCCGCUCACUCUCCCCAUUCCGCGCACGCUGGAUGUCGCCUUUAUCUUCGCCUGCUCGGGGGAAAGAUUCUGCCCAGACGCCGGCAUCAGCUUCGCGGUCGUCGUCCUCGUCCUCGACUACCUCGUCCGGGUCCUCCUCGACCUCGAGAAACUACCGCCGGUGGCGGUUCUUCAAGAACCUCGUCCACCAGAAGAAGCCCGAUGGCUCCAGGCACCGACCUCCAGCUUCGCUGCCGCCGGCGCCAACGCCAGCGCGCCCCAACAAGAACGCCUCGCUGGAAGCUCCCAAGACGAACCCCGCGCCGGCGGUGGGGAGGCGCGGGAGGAGGUGGUCGGCGCACGAGCGGCUCUACGAGGCGAGGCGGGCUGAGGCGGAAGACAUGCGGCGGCGCACUUUCCUGCCGUACCGGCAGGGGCUGCUUCUCGGCUGCCUCGGGUUUGGCUCCCGCGGCUACGGCGCCAUGCACGGCCUCGCCGCCGCCAAUUCCAGGUGCUGACGCCCUGAUCGCCGGCGCCUCCUCGGACUCUAUUAGCUCAGUGUGAAGCAAUAGUAACUUAAAAUAAGCUUCCUAGUAAGUAUUGCCGUGGCAAGAAGCCACGAACUGGAAAGGAAAAGUUGACUUUUGUGUAUAUAAAGGGUUUAAUGGGCUAUUUGAUCUCUUCUGUUGUAAUUUUAAGGUGAUCUAAGUGUUGACUUUGGAAGAACGGAAAUUGGUGAAUGGAACGUUUGUUCAAGUGU